AAUCAGAAGAAUUUUAAAUAUUGUGACAUAGCUAAACCUUAUUGUAACAUCAUUUGGGGUAUUCUUUGUCAUGGGGUCACCUUAAGAAAUAAAAAAAAGUUAUGUAUUUUUUUUUUACACAUCCAGUAAUUCAUCUCUGUGUGUAGGAUCCAUGGUGGGAGGUAAAAAUGAAAACAGUAAUAGCUAAAAGUUAUUGGAGGCUUAUCCCAUACCCAAGCACUAAGUAUUUACCUAAUAUACAUUCUACUGUUAUGCACACUAUUUUAUUUUAGUUUAUUUGUUUAUUUAUUCUUGAGAGAGAAAGAAACAGAACACAGUGUGGGGGUGGGGGUGGGGAUUGCGGGCAGAGAGCAAGGGAGACAGAAUCCCAAGCAGAUUCCAGACCAUUAGCACAGAUCCCAAUGCGGGACUCGAACUCAUGAACUGUGAGAUCAUGACCUGAGCCGAAAUCAAGAGGCAGAUGCUUAAUCGACUGAGCCAGCCAGGUGCCUCUUAUCCACACUAUUUUAGAGAAAAGGAGACUGAGGUUGAAGUAAAUAAUUGGUCCAUCCAGGAUUAUAGCCCCCCAAUAAGUUACACUCAAAUGCAGAUACGUGUUUUUAAAGAUCUGUGUUCUAACCCACUAAGUUUUUGAUACCUGUUCUGUAGCACUUUCAUAGCAAGGCCUUAAUGUCAUAGUUCUACCCAUCUUAUAUUCCAUACUAUAGUUCAAAAGUCAUUUGUUUCAAAUACUAUUUUCAAAAAGUGCUUUGAUGUUUUGAAUUUAGGCUAUCCCAACAUGAUAGGUAUGUAGGAAGAGGGCAGGAAAGUGGUAUUCAGAUUCUGAGCUCUUAAAGAAUAGCUUUAAUCCAUUCUCGAUUGAAAGGGAUAGAAUUCUCUAUGUUUUUUUAAAGGACCGUGCAUGAAAUACUAGGCGUCUAGCCUCAAUUACACAUUUUUAUUUACCCAUUCAUUCAUUCAUUCAAGUAUUUAUCAGGUACUUAAUGUCAGCACUGUGCUAGACCCCAGUAACAGGCUAAUUAUGCUCCCUGCCCUCAAGGGGUUAAUAGUCUCAUAGAUAGUGCACGUAAAGAAAAUAAUCGCAGUGUAAUUGAUCUGUCUGUGCCUCAGUUUCCUUCUAUGUAAGACACUGGCAUUGUAUGUGUACUCACCCCAUGGUGUUGAGAUUUAAAUGGAUUAAUAAUAUUAAAAUGCUUGGAACGGAGCUUUGCACUGUCAGCUACUGCUAUCAAUAAUUAACGUGAUACGUCUAUAAUAGAAGUGUUGUAGAAGGUAGAGUGGAGUGUCAGCAGCUCUAUUUUGAGGAGGUUGGAAUAGGCUUUAUUGAGGCCCUGUAUCUUGAAGGAUCAGGAGGAGUUUUCUGGAUGUUGUAGAGGAAUGCAGGAAGGUGCGUUGCAGGCAGAGGGAAAAGUGCACGGAAACAUAGGCAGGUAUGAACCAGGCUAGUACAUUGAGGAAACGGAGUACGUCAGAAUGACUGGAAUGCAUGGCACAAGGAGGGAGGAGGUUGGAGGGGAGGACAUGUCAUAGUUAGGGUCAGUGUCGAAACUGGAUUAGAAACAGUACCUUCACAUCAGUCUCCUCUAAGAGCUGGGAGUUGGUUCAGCUCCCAAAGCGCCUGUUGUGUGCCAGGCACCAUGCACGCUGAACUAAAUCCAAGAGAUGCAAAGGUGUCAGGCCUGCUGUCUGGUAUCUCUGUUGAGCAACUAAAAAUCCUCAGUUAAUAGAGCUCUGUACCGAUAUAAAAAAGCCCUGCCACAGACCCUGGAAGUGGGUGAGUGAGAGCUAAGAGUGAAACCCAGGAGGCAAUCCCGAGAUACGGGGACUAAAGAAAUGGAUUGUCGCUAUACUUACUGACACCCAGUGCAUGGUGAAGCAUUCACAAAGUUUUGCUUCAGGGAAGUGAAUGCAUAAAAAUACAACCAACUGAUAUCCAACCUGACAUAUUCAGCUAUUUGCUGCACAUUAUGUAUACGGGGAAAGGGCCAAAACAGAUUGUGGAUCAUAGUCGUCUGGAGGAAGGGAUUCGAUUUCUUCACGCUGACUACCUUUCUCACAUUGCGACUGAAAUGAAUCAGGUGUUCUCACCAGAGACUGUGCAGUCCUCCAAUCUGUAUGGCAUUCAGAUCUCAACAACCCAAAAAACAGCUGUCAAACCGGGGCUGGAGGUCAAAGAAGCUCCUUCCAGUAACAGUGGCAACAGGGCUGCUGCGCAGGGCGACCACCCCCAGCUGCAGCUCUCUCUCGCUAUUGGGCUGGAUGAUGGCACUGCCGAUCAGCAGAGGGCCCGUCCUGCUGCCCAGGCCUUGGAGGAACACCAGAAGCCCCCAGUGUCCAUCAAGCAGGAGAGAUGUGACCCAGAGUCUGUGAUCUCCCAGAGCCAUCCCUCACCCUCAGCGGAGGUGACAGGCCCCACUUUCACCGAAAGCGGUAUCAAAAUACACUUAUGCCAUUACUGUGGGGAACGUUUUGAUUCCCGUAGUAACCUAAGACAACAUCUCCAUACCCACGUGUCCGGAUCCCUCCCGUUUGGUGUCCCUGCUUCCAUUCUGGAAAGCAACGACCUUGGUGAAGUGCAUCCACUUAAUGAAAACAGUGAGGCUCUUGAAUGCCGCAGGGUCAGCUCCUUCAUUGUCAAGGAGAAUGAGCAGCAGCCUGACCACUCAAACCAGGGUACCACUGAGCCUCUGCAGAUCAGCCAAGUGUCUCUGAUCUCCAAAGACUCAGAGCCAGUAGAAUUAAACUGUAAUUUUUCUUUUUCAAGGAAAAGAAAAAUCAGCUGUUCCAUCUGUGGUCAUAAAUUUCUCCGAAAAAGCCAACUGCUGGAACACAUGUAUAUACACAAAGGUAAAUCUUCCAGAUACAACCGAUGCCAAAGGUUCAGUAAUACGGUAGCCCAGAGAUUUCAGCCGUACUGUGACAGCUGGUCUGAUGUCCCCCUGAGAAGUUCUUGCUUGUCGCAAGAACAGUUAGAUUCAUCCUGUGCCUUAGAGUCAGAGCUCACACAAGAAAGUGUGGACACUAUCCUUGUGGAGUAGCAGUUUCUCCUCCAUAAUUUUUAUAUCAAUUCUGAAAAAAAAUCCACAUGCAUUUUUUUAUUCAUAAACUCUCUUCCUCCUCAACGUCUGUUCACUUUUUUCUUUGCCAUUUAUCCAUAGUUUUAAGGUGGUAUAUAUUAGGUCUUAUUGUAAGGUAUGUUAGACACAUGGCUAUUAAAAUGUAACCUUCAAGUAGAGCAUGAACCAUUCAUAAAUCACAAUUACGAAAUCAGAAAUCAGUGUAAGAAUUAUGGAACUUUAGAGUAAAUAUUUAUAGAAUUUCUAAGUAGAAUCAGAACCAAAUUGAAAAUGAAGUAAAUGAAAUUUUUUAAAGAAUACUCUAGACUAUCAGUUUUGGCUAAUUUUUCACAUGAAUAAGCCACCGUAAAGACUAUUUAAAAAUAUUUUCUGGGGCGCUGGGGGGGCUCAGUUGGUUGAGUAUCCAACUUCGGCUCAGGUCAUGAUCUUGCCAUUCUGAGUUCGAGCCCCACAUGGGCUCUGCGCUGACAGCUCGGAGCCUGGAGCCUGCUUCAGAUUCUUUGUCUCCCUCUCUCUGCUCCUCCCCCACUCACGCUCUGUCUCUCAAUAAUAAAUAAACAUUAAAGAUUUAAAAAUAAUAAAAAACAAUAAUAAUAUUUUCUGCCACAUAGGGAGUUAAAGUUAUUUCUAAUGCAUAACUAUAUAAUGUAUAAAAAUUUUGUUUUAAGGCAUAGCUAUAAUAAAUCAUGAGUAGUUUUAAAAUCACUUUUUACUUAUUAGCUCUGCAGCAUCUUGCAUGGCUUUUAUUUAUUUUUUCACAUUGAGCAUACCUCAUUGUUAAUGAAAAAUAUUUUAGUGAAAAGAGAGAAAUGGAGGAGAUUCAAACAGUAAAACAAAAUCCUAAGCAGAGAAACAAAUGUUCAUACACCUAGAUAAACAGAGCUUCAGACAGAACUGCCUUGACUAACACCAAUGUUGUUACCUUAAUCUAGAACGUUUUCUUAAGGAUCUUAAGAGCAAUUUGAGAUUUUUUUUAUGACCAGAGAUUUACAUCAGCUUAGAGAGGAAACUGAUAAAAUAUAAAUUGUCUUUCUACCCUCAGCGCCCAAGGAUUUUCUAGGCUGCCUAAGUUGAUGUUAAUUUUCUAUCACUUGCAGAAGUAGUUUUUCAGUGACACAGUUUUCAUUUUUUUCUGGUCCAUAAAACUAACAGUACACACAGUGUCCUAGAACUAUGUCUAAAGUCCAUGAUAGCUUUCCCUUUGUGAAUAACCUUAGCUCCCUUUUAUAACAGUGAAACUUACAAAGCUAAAACACCAGAAAAAUUAAAACUGAUGGGCUAAAUGAUAGAUUGUCCUGCUUUAUGUAGCUGGGGAAUAGCUGGUCAAACUUCACCACAAAGGAUAGAUCUAAAUUGUUUCUGAAAUGUUUAAAUUUCAAAGAUUAGUCAAGAAUAACAAAGCAGAGAGGCUUUAAAACAGCCUCAUCUUUUUUGUGUGCGCUGCCCUGUUAAAUUCAAAGCCUCACAGACAUUUUAAUAAAUCUGGCUUGUGAGGCUUACAAUUUAACUGUAUACAGAAACUCUGAGCUCCUUUAUUGACUGCAUCCUUCUGAAGACAUCUCCUGACAGCAUCAGAGUGGAGGCAGAAGGGAGCUGAAAGAGUAAUCCAGCCCAUUCUAAGGGCACAAAGGUUUUCUCCGGGUAAACACUGAGUUUAGGUGACUUAUGAAGGGGUAAGUUAUUCUUGAAGGCUGAAUGAAGAAACUACUGGGCAUUGUCUAAGGCAGUAGCGUUUCUCCCUCAGACAAGUGACUAAAACUUCCUGGGGUCAAGAUUGUUAAUGUGUUGAGAAUAAAAUCUAACUAGCUGUUUUUAUAGUAGCAGUUACAUUGGGAGUGGCUAAAAACAAAUGUGUUGCUCUUGGGGGUGAGAACUUCAUCUAAUCUUAAACUUAAGUCACUUAAACAAUGAUUCAAACUUUUCUGCCCUCAAAGAUUUCAUCUUAUAGGGUGAACACACAUCUUAACAUCGAUUUCCUGUAUUUUAGGCUAUUCAUGAUAUACUCCCCGGCCUUCUUCAAGUAAAAUUUUAUUUUUCGCACGAGGAUGACAGUUUUUCUGAUUUCUUCCUUCUCUGUUUUCUUCUUGCUCAGUCAUUAGUCCUUGACACAAGAAGUGCGUAGCUGAAGGGUGGGAUUGCGGGUGCAUAUGAGUUGAGGUAUAGGGUAGCAGUUCAGGGCAGAGUCUGGAGAAAUUGUGUUUGCUUGUGGCUGAUUGGCCACGGUGGACAUUAGUUUAAAGCUGAAAUAUAUUUAUACUUAUUAGAUGUUAAGAACAUAAUGGUUAAUUGUAUUUUUGUUCUCAUUCAUUUAGUUCCUUUUAAUGUUAGAAAUUCAGAGCAAAUGUUCUUUCUUUUAGUCUUCAUAAUAUUCUAUUUUAGGGAGUGGGAAAAUGUUAACUCCAUUUUAUAGGAAAAAAGUCCCAAAAGGUGGGUUGCAGAGAAUCAGUGAAUAGUGGUGUGGGAACUGACCCCAGUUUAAUUUUUUUCAUUCAUUCAACAGGCAUAUUUUAAAAAUAACUGUUACACGUAUAAUUAAUACUGUGCCCUGAGUGUAUUUUUUUAAGACUUGAUUCCUUACUAAGAGAAUCUACUUUGUAUAUAUAU